AUGGCAGUGAACGUUAUCGGGUUGGUGGUUAUAGGAGUGUUUUAUGUAAUCAUACUCAUCAUUGGCAUCGUUGCUGGACGUAAGAGUACAAAAACCAAUGAUGCUGAGGAACUCUUCGUCGCCAACAGGAGCUUCGGUCUGUUUGUGGCCAGUUUCACCACAGCUGCUACCAUGGUCGGAGGUGGCUAUAUCAACGGAACAGCCGAGGCUAUGGGAAGAGACGGAUUGGUCUGGGCGAUCGGACCCAUAGGCUACAAUAUUGGCAUGGCGAUUGCUGGUGUAGUAAUUGCACCUAAAGUCCGGCGUAUGGAAUACUCGACCAUCUUUGACCCGUUCCAGCAAAAGUAUGGCGAGAAAAUGGGCGGUCUGCUCUUCUUCCCCGAGUUGAUGGGAGACUUAUUUUGGGAGGCAGCCAUACUAGGAGCUUUAGGUACGACACUUUCCAUAGUUCUUGGUCUUGAUAUGACCAUGUCCGUUAUCGUGUCUGCUUGUGUGGCCGUCGUCUAUACCUUUUUCGGUGGUCUCUACGCCGUAGCUUACACUGACGUCAUACAGCUCUUCUUCAUGGCAGUUGGCUUGCUACUAGCGAUACCAUUCGGCCUCCAGAAUCCUGUUGUUGAUUUGUCACGUGUGAAGGAGUCAUGGGCUGGAAAUCUGGAACCAGAAAUGAUAGGAGUUUACAUAGAUACAAUCUGUAUGCUGAUUAUGGGAGGAAUGCCUUGGCAGGCAUUGUACCAGCGUGUGUUGGCCUGUAAGAGUCCAACGCUUGCUCGGAAUGCUACUCUGUUAGCUGCCGUCAUCUCUCUUCUCCUUGCGAUUCCUCCUGCUAUCGUCGGGGUCAUAGGUUCUGCUGCAGAUUGGAAUGCAACUGACUACAAUGGCAACAUACCGCUGGAAUACCAACAGUGGACACAUAUUUUCCCCAUGGUGCUUCAGUACCUCUGCCCUAUGUCCGUCUCCAUCGUCGGUAUAGGGGCCGUCUCGGCAGCUGUUAUGUCUUCGGCCGAUUCCUGUGUGCUCGCUACAGGAACUGUAUUUGCAAAUAAUAUAUACAAAAAUAUAUUCCGACCGAAGGCAACUCAGCGAGAGAUUGUAUGGGUCCUUCGCGUGACCAUAAUCGUUGUGGGCACUGUUGGAGCUAUUAUUGCCCUCACAGUGGGCAGCGUGUACGGAUUGUUUAUACUGUGUGCUGACCUGAUGUAUGUCGUGCAGUUUCCGCAGCUUGUCUGCGUCCUCUAUGUUAAAUGCGCUAACACAUACGGCAGUCUAACUGGCUUUAUCAUCGGUAUGUUCCUCCGGGUUGCAGGUGGAGAACCGUUCCUCAAUAUCGGUUCCUUAAUCAAUUAUCCUAUGUACCAUGAAGAAUAUGGUCAGCUUUUCCCUUUUAAAACUCUCGCAAUGCUGUGUUCUCUCUUCUCCAUCAUUGGCGUGUCCUAUGUAACGGAGCGGCUGUUUACUUGCGGGACGAUAUCUAAAAGAUAUGACUUAUUUCGGUGUUAUACAGACAAACAGGUUGUGGAGAAGACGGAAGACACUGAAUUGGAUAAGAAAGAACCUCUUAUGAAAAAUACAGAGCCAGAUCUUUGUUUAAAGUUAACAACUUGA